AGCAUAGGAUGGAAAGUGAGGUAAAUUAAAGUUACAUAUCAACCACGUGCUCUCGAUGUGUUAAAUUGGAAAGAAAAAAAAUUGGUGAGUCAGGUCUUAGCAUACACAUUUUGUCACUCCGCCCACAUCCCACCUACUGCUAGCCGUCGACUCGUCUUCACCGCGGCGGCAACGUCCACUUUCAUCAGCUCCGUCUGUGGUUCACAGUUUUAUUCAUCAGAGUGAACUGAAGUUUCACGUGUGAAUCUGGUCAAUGUGUUUUGUGUUUGAUUAGAAUGGACGAAAAUGAUCUUGAUCUAAGCUUGGGCCUGCCCUGUGGUGGGGUGGUUGCGUCAGAGAAAAGUAAAAGUGGGAGCUCAUCGGAUUCCAAGGUUGAGGAAGUUGAUAGAGAUGGAAAAGUGAUUAAUGAUUUCAAGAACUUUCUGGAUGGAGGCACUAGCAGCCAAAAGCAUGAUUGUGGUGUCGGUUCUCAGAGAAGUGAUUCAACAAAACAUGGUGGGAACUUGCUUUCCAGCACUAGUGCUGAUGCAGAUGCUUCUAAAAAGUUAAAUAGUGGAGGAUUCUGGGUUCCAAAUGAUAAUAGACCUAUAGAAGUUGAAGAAGAAAGGAGAACUGAAGUGGGUGAAAAGCGUAAAAAUUUGUUCCGGGAGUCAAGUCAACAAAAGAAGCAUGAGAGAGAAGCUCAUCAUGUCGAUAUGCAUGACAAGACAAGGGCAUCACACAUUUCAAUAACAACAGAUGAUGGUUCGACUGCAGAAAAUGAUGAUGUAGCUGAUUCUGAAACUGUGGGUUCAACUUCCAGGCAAAUUUUGCAGCAUGAUGAGAACUCUAAAAGAUUUGUUGGAAGUAGUGCUGAGGUUCAUAAGGAGCUUCGUGGUGUUUCUGAUUCAAGUGGUGUAGAAUUACUUGGACAGAGAAGGUUUACCAUUUCUUCUGAAAAGGAUGUUAAGUUCGGUAAUACGCCAUACAGUACCCCAUUCCAAGGCCAAUCAAUAAACAUCAUGAACCUACCAUACUCUAUGCCUCUGAGAGAUUCUAACCCUGGUAAUACAGCAAGUACGACUGGUUAUGCAGUUCCUGGCAUGAUGCAAGUAAUAGCUACCACUAGUGGAGAUAGACCUGGAGCCCAGCCUGUCAUACCUACUAAUUUGCCAUUGAUGUUUGGCUACUCUUCCAUACAGCUGCCAACAUUGGAGAAGGAUAAUUCCCGCGGUGCAGCUUCUCAUCUUCAGCAGCUUCACCCUUCCUAUGGACGAGGUUCCUUGGGCUCAGACAAGCAUAAAGAUGGACCAAAUAUUUCUCAAGCUACGUUGCCGAUUAUUGCACACAAGUCUUCUGAAUCUGUACAAUAUGAUGGGAGGGCAGUGGAGCAUGUGAAAGGCAAUGGGAGACAGCAUAACGCGGAAGAAACUUCCACUUCUCGAGUGGAAGAAAAUGUUAAAGGUAGCAACAUAAGCUUCAGGUCAAAAGACCCUCCUGAGCAGCCGAGAGCUGAAGCAGUUCCUUCAGAAUUUGCAACUAUAAGGCCAGGUCUUGCUGCAGAUCUGAAAUUUGGAGGAUCUGGUUCCUAUCCGAAUCUACCAUGGGUUUCAACAACUGGUCCAGGUCCAAAUGGUAGAACAAUAUCUGGUGUUACUUAUAGAUACAAUCCCACCCAAAUCAGGAUUGUUUGUGCUUGUCAUGGGUCUCACAUGUCACCGGAAGAGUUUGUGCGGCAUGCUAGCGAAGAGCAAACUAGUCAAGAAGGUGGUGCUGGUGUUUCAUCGUUUCCAAGUAGCAAUCCUGCUGCCUCUGCACAAAGCUGAUUUAGUAUAUGAAAUCAUAUGUCGAAGAAUGAAGUAAGCUUUUAUUGUAUCCCCAUAUAAAUUUUAAGAAGCAGAAGCAUCUUUAUAUUAUUUAGUUCAAAUGAAUGAGUCCAGAUUUCUUAAUAUGCAUAUGCACAUAUCCCAUUAAAUUGUAAUAGUCUAUCCUCUGAGCCAAAUAUUUGUGAUAAAAUUAUGACCUUUUGCUUA